AAAAGAACACGAUCUGUAUUAUUCGAGAAUUAUUGUCUUCUAGGUUGAACAUUUUACAAUAUGCUGAAGCUAUACGUUCUCAUCAUCGUUGCCGCUAUGUUAGGGACUGUCCUCUGUGAAGCUCAUGGAUGGUAUAGCCAUGGAGGCAAUAGAGGAUAUGGAGGUGGUCAUGGUCAUGGAGGCGGCUAUGGAGGUGGUCAUGGUCAUGGAGGUUGGCAUGGUCAUGGAGGUUGGCAUGGUCAUGGAGGUUGGCAUGGUCAUGGAGGUCAUAGAGGUGGACACGGUCAUGGUUGGCAUUGAUGAAGUUUAAAUUCAUGAACGAUUUGAUUUGACAAUAGAGCUUGUUGAGAUUCUUCAAUAUAAAUAUAUAAGAGCA